CGGAAAUGUUUUGAGGGAAUCUUCCCCACAAGUCCUCCCACCCCCCUCUCCCAGAAUUAUUAAACGCCCCUCCACUUCUCCAAUGCCAAGCCGCUCUGGGUCAGCCCCAAACACACCACUCACACCCCGCAAUACAUUUUUUGUGCCAACCGACUACCAAGACACAGUCCCUGGUGAAUUUGAGGAAAAGUUAAAACAAACUCAGAACUCCCGUCCUCAGACAUCUGUCAGUGUCAGCGAGUACUCCCGCAAGGAAUACCAGCCUAGGCCGUCCCCCAAACUGACCAGAGCAAGCUCCAAGAUCUUUGAGAAGGUGCGCGGUUUCGAAGAGCGAAGGCGAAGCUGUGACCAUGAAGGCUCCAUCUCGGGACGGUCCUGGGCCGGGUUCAACCGCGCUGUGUCCGUUGACUCAGACGACGGAGGGAGCCGGUUGGGCAUCUCCAGAGAGAGUUCGAGGGAAGACCUACGAGAGGCUCUGAAGGUGGACGCUGCCGAACGGAGGUCCAAUUUCAGACAGAAGGCUGCGUCCUUGGAGGACUGCAGGCCCCGUACCACCCAGAAGGUCCAGGACAUCGAUAACAAGUUCACUGAAGAGCUUCAACGAAUCAAGAAGCUUGUGGGUAAACCUCACAUGAAGAAGUCAUUCUCCACCGAGCAGCUCUCGCUCAGGGCAAGAGGUAGGCAGCCCUUGAGGAAGAUUGAGCCCCUCCCACCGCAAAUUCUCCAGAAGCUCCAGGAAAGGGAGCGUGUCCAUCAGGAGAAGGAGCAGAAAGAGACAGAACAGCCUAAAGAGGUAGCACCACCAAAAUCACCACGACUGCACCUACAAGAACAAGCACGACAGGGGCAGCCUUCGCCCCAAACCCACGAGACUGAGGGCCCCUCCAUGAGUAACAUAACAGUCAGUAGAUUGGGAGAUGUAGCAGCCACUCCAGAAUCUAUGCAACAGGCUGACUUACUGGGACAGAGGCCAACAAGACAGGUAAAUCGAGCAAGUCCAGUCAGGGAGAUCCGUCAGAGUUCUCCAUCACCAGCAAAGAUGCAGCUGCAGAGGGCUUACGAUCCAUCGGCAAAUCGCCAACAACAGGAAGAGUCACCAAGCAGAACUGUUGUCAACAUGACGUUAUGCAAAGUUGUUCAGAGGGUAUCUCGUAUGCAAGAAUCUCAGGACAUCCAAGAAUCUCCUGCCCAAAAGUCCCCAAAGGAAGAAUUGUCAGGAAGGAAAAUACCUGUAGAGGUAGCCUUAAGAAAAGUAGAGCAUAGACCAGAAAGUCAAUUGGUACAGAGAAAGCCUUCCGUUGUACAAGAGCAUCCAAUACAACCUCUGCAAAAACCUCCACGGCUGGUUACCUCUUCUACAAACAUUCCAGUCUCCCCAUCUGAGGAGAAAAUGGAAGUGGAGUUAAUCAAGCCAGACCCCAAGCUAAUCAUACCUACCAUCAUUGUCGAAGAAGAGCCCAUGGAAGAGGAAGUUCCUCCAGAGACUAACAAGUCUAAGGAACUGACCAAUGUGAAAGAAGGCCAAACACAGAAGACCAGGGUGAAGGGUCGCUGCACUAGGCCCAUGUCUCCAGAGUUAGAUUCUUCAGACGACUCUUACGUGUCUGCUGAAGAGGACCCCUUGGAGGCCCCUAUGUUUGAGUUUCCUCUUAAGGACACUGUGGCAACUGCUGGUACUGAGGUCCUGCUGAGAGUCAUCAUUGCCGGCACCCCUCUCCCAGAAGUUACCUGGAGACGAGACAAUAUUGAGAUCACUAACAGCCCAAACUAUGGGGUCAAAGUGGAGGGAGAGCGGUAUUCACUUCUCAUCAAAUGUGCAAAACCAAGUGAUGCUGGAACGUACUGUGUGACAGCUGCCAAUGAGGCUGGGAAAGCAUUUAGCAGUGCCACCCUUUCCAUCAAACCAGAGCCCAUGCAGGAGCCGCAGGGGAACCUGGGUUUUCCUAGGGACAUCAGCAGCCCUAUCACAUCUGAUGAAGAGUACCUCAGCCCACUGGAGGAAAGCAUGGACUUUGGAGGGCCUGAGACAAGGAAGAUUGUCGACACUCGAUUCAAGGAGCCCCCUGCCUUCCAGGUAACUAUGAAUGAUCAAGUUGUCAUUGAGGGGCAAGAGGUCACCAUGUCUGUCCGACUAAAUGGGCAGCCCAAACCUAUGCUUUAUUGGUAG